CAGCCCGCCGGGAGCCGCAGUCCGCGGCCGCCGCCAUCUUGGCGCCGCCUCCGCACAGCCCCUGGGGGCUCGCGGCAGCCAUUUUGGGGCGGGGGGCGAAGGCCACGCAUCAGGCUGUUUUCGUAAAAUUAAUUAAUUUUGAUUUAAACAGCUGUAAAUCGUUGUCGUGUUUUAACCCCAGUUGGCUACCAAGCACCAGGUAGCCACUCGCUUGCCCACAAGCAGGAUCAGAGAGAAUCAGAAGGGUAAAAGCCGGAGAACUCAUGGGUUGAAAGAAAGUUUUAUAGUAAAAACAAAUGCUGUGCACACCAACAAAGGAAAACAGGGCAGGUGUUGUGCACCUCCAGGGAAGCAGGGCCUCGUCCCAUGGAAUGGUGACAUGAUAAGACAAAUGCUAUCCCUCCAAAAGUCCCCCAUUCCCUCCUCCUGCUCCCCAUUUAUAUCCUGAGUGGGAUGUCAGAUGGUCUGGAAUGGAAUAUCCUGGCUGUGUCCCCUCCCAAUCUCUCAGGCACCCCCAGCCCCCUCCCCAGCCUGGUCCUGUAAGUGGCAGGAAAGGCCUUGGCUCUGUGCAAGCUCAGCAAUAUCAAAAAUAUAUUCACUAUAGUCACUAUAUUCUCAAUCCUGUCUUCAGAGCAAAUCCAAAACACAGCCCCAUACCAGCCACUGGGAAGGAAAUUAGCUCUGUCCCAGCCACAGGCAUUGUGCUGGUUUUGGCUUUGUGUGCGCUCUACCAUCAUGUUUAGCUCAAUAAAGGGCCGAUUUUUCCUUAAAUGUCUCUCCCAAAUACCUUUCAAUGCUGCACCAGCUCAGCCCCAGAGGAUGGGGAAGUUGUGGGUCUUGUGCCGAGUGUCCUGGUGCCCUCAUGGCUGGGGAUGCUGUAAGCACUUGUGACAGAGGGACUGAGGGGUUGUGCAGGGAGUUGAGGCUGUGUGACCUGGGAGGCAGCACAGGGCUGCAGAGAGCAGAGCACGGCAGAACCGAGGAGGGAAGGGGCACGGUGUGGGCAACGAGACCUGGAUGGGGGAAAGAACUGGGGGAAGGUGAAGGCUGGAUAUCAGGAAAAGGUUCUUCCCCCAGAGGGUGGUUGGGCACUGGACAUACUCCCCAGGGAACAGUCAUAGCCCCAAGGCUGCCAGAGCUCCAGAAGCGUUUGGCCAGCACUCUCAGUCACAGGAUGGGAUUGUUGGGGGUAUCUGUGCAGAGCCAGGAGCUGGAGUUGAUGAUCCCUGUGGGACCCAUCUCAGAAUAUUCCAUGGCUCUAUGCAGGUGCCAGGGUAGUAAAGUCAGAAAGUUGAAAGUUCUGCUAGGCUGCCCUGGAAAGUGCAGCAGAACCUCAGAGCAGUCAGGACAAGGCUGUGUUGGGCUGUGAGGCUCAGCAUGUAAAGAGAUGGAAUGGUUUUGGGAAUGUGUUUAUUAGACCUGCAAAAGAAAGCAGAGCUCGUUCUGGGGCUGUUGGAUGCUCUGCUUGGUGUCCUCUGUCAGUGGAGCUACUCCUGUUCUCCCCAGAGCCUGCUCUUCCUUGAUAGGGUGAAGGUGACUCCUUCAUACAGCAGAAGGAAUCACUUACGGUGCGUAUCAGACUGCAACUUCAGGUGUUGUUCAGUUCCCCAAGUGUUUAGUGAGGGAAAUUUCAAGGAUAGGCACUCAAACUCACUGAGUUUGCCUUGAGCCUGAACUUGACAUCUAAAUUUGAGCUCUGAUAUGCGUUAUAUUAUCACAUAUUAUAGCUAGUUCCUUACCACCAGUGCUUAUUUUUACAGCAAAAACCUCUGCUGUCUCAUAUCCUUUUAUAACUUCUUUUUAUAACUUAAAUUUAGCUACCUCUUAAGCAUAAUUUUUUUAAAAAACUUAUUUGUUUAUUUUAUGUAUGGAUUUAUUUUGGAGUAACCCAGAAACAUCCUUCCCUUCAUUAGCCUGAUGCCAUUAUUCCAGGAAAGCAGGCCAUCCCCAAGGCUCAUUGGGUUGGUUAAUUGCUUUGCACACACAAAGGGGAGCUAAUCAGCUUUUCUUCAAGCAUGUGUUCAUAUGUCAACACUUUUGCUUCUGUCAGAAGCUUAAAAAUGGAAACAGAUUUCUCUUUAAGAAAACAGGAUCCAAAUAAGGAGAUGGAGUGCUGAAGAUUGCUCUAGUGAGUCUGUUCCAGCUCAUUCCUUAGAAAGGCUGUGGAUGGAACACCGGAGAAGAGGCCAAUAGAUCUGGGUUUUGUCCAGGGGGCUCUGAGUUUAAAGCUCUCUAAAACCACUUGUAGCUCAUUUCCCCUGUGACUCGCCUGGGUACAACUUCUUUCUCUGUCCAAGCUGUUAAAAAUCUAAAAUUUUACUCAUCAGAUUCUUUUAGUUGCGUGACAGAUCCAGCCUGUCCUUGAGCAAAAAUGGAAGCUAUCAAGAAAAAGAUGCAGAUGUUGAAGUUAGACAAGGAGAAUGCUAUUGACAGAGCAGAGCAGGCGGAGACAGAUAAGAAGGCGGCUGAGGACAAAUGCAAGCAGGUAGAGGAUGAGCUGGUAGCUCUGCAGAAGAAGUUGAAAGGAACUGAAGAUGAGCUGGAUAAGUACUCAGAGGCUCUCAAAGAUGCCCAGGAAAAACUGGAGCAGGCUGAGAAGAAGGCCACUGAUGCUGAAGGUGAGGUGGCAGCUCUGAACAGACGCAUCCAGCUCGUGGAAGAGGAGUUGGAUCGUGCCCAGGAACGACUGGCCACAGCCCUGCAGAAACUGGAGGAGGCUGAGAAAGCAGCAGAUGAGAGCGAGAGAGGAAUGAAGGUUAUUGAGAACAGAGCAAUGAAAGAUGAAGAGAAAAUGGAAAUUCAGGAAAUGCAGUUGAAGGAGGCCAAGCACAUUGCUGAAGAAGCCGACCGCAAGUAUGAGGAGGUUGCCCGUAAACUGGUUAUUUUGGAGGGUGAACUGGAAAGAGCUGAGGAGCGUGCAGAGGUGUCUGAAGUGAAAUGUAGUGACCUUGAAGAGGAAUUAAAGAACGUCACAAACAACCUGAAGUCUUUGGAAGCUCAAUCUGAAAAGUACUCUGAAAAAGAAGAUAAAUAUGAAGAAGAAAUCAAGAUUCUCUCUGACAAGCUGAAAGAAGCUGAAACUCGUGCAGAAUUUGCAGAGAGAACUGUUGCCAAACUGGAAAAGUCUAUUGAUGACCUGGAAGAUGAGCUCUACGCUCAGAAGCUGAAGUACAAAGCCAUCAGUGAGGAGCUUGACCAUGCCCUCAACGAUAUGACCUCUUUGUGACCUGCCCUUGUGUGGGGACACCAGGGGCUCCCACUCACUGUGUUUCUCAAACUUUUCUUGCCUGUAAUCCCUGUCACUCCUGUGCCACUUCCACAAGCAAACCUUCCACCUCUGUGGGAACUGAGCUCAAUAAAACAUGAUACCUCUGUCUUUCAUUUUUCAUUUAUACUUCUGUAUAAAUUACGUCAAAAUACACUGGUGAUGACACUGAAAACACAUUCAGCUCCUAUGUGGGGUUGGGCAAGACACGGUGAGGAUGGGGCAGGACCUGGCUCUGGCAAACACUUGAAUUUUAGUGUUCCCAGGAAUGUGGGUGUCAGCGAAAAGCUUUAAGUGCACUCAGUGUCUACUUGUGGUCCACUAGCCUAGUUAAAAACCUCUCAGUCCAAGGAAAACGCAGCAGGAUGUGUCCUAUAAAUGACACAAGGACAUACUAAAACACAGGUCUUUCACAUUCCAUUACAUGUCCAAAAGGACAUGUCGUCCUUAAGGACAACAAUUACAAAAAAUUUACCGCAUUUUGAUGAUACAGCUGUAAAGAUGUCUUAAAUAAAAGGGUAAGUUACCUCAGGUUUUAUUUAAGUAGAAAAGGCUAUAAAAUAAUGUGAUUUAAAUCUCAUGG